AUGUCUUCCUAUGGACAGAUGCUUAGCUCCCGCUGUGCUGAGCCAUGUGAAGUGACAUGCUCGCAACCGUUUGUCAACUGUUGGAAUGAACCAUGUGUCAGCUCAUGUGGAGACUCAAGAGCAAUCGUGUACGCGCCACCCGUUGUGGUAACUUUUCCGGGACCCAUUAUCAGCUCGUGCCCUCAGGAAAGUAUUGUGGGAACUGCCAUGCCUGAAAUUGAGGGUCACAUGGGCUCCGGAGGUGGAGGAAUGGGCUCCGGAGGUGGAGGAAUGGGCUCCGGAGGUGGAGGAAUGAGCUCCGGAGGUGGAGGAAUGGGCUCUGGUGGUUCCUGUGUUGGAGGCAGCUCCUAUGGGAUGGGCUCCCAUGGUUCAGGCAGUUCUUAUGGUGGCAUGGGAGGGGGCUCAUAUG